CUUUAGCAAGCACCAAAUGGACAGUAAGAGCAUAAGCCUGUCAGAAGAAAUGGUCUUGCGAUGUACACAUUGGAUAAAAAUGUUGUUAAUGUUGUUUCUGAUUGCUUGUAUAAUGUUGUGUGGUCAUUCAAAAAAAGAAACCAUUGAAAAGGAAUUUGGGAAGAACAUUUCUCUCAUUUGUUCAAAUCAUACAUGGAGUGAACUAGUCAUGCAAAAAUGGACCAUUUGGAAGUUAGGCAUAGGGAAUUGUGAUAUUGCUGUGCACUAUAAUGGGACUAUAACAAGCAACUGUACAAACAACCCAGUUUAUAUAAACUCCACUAAUCCACAUCUUUCUAUAUCUAACUUUGGAUCCAAUUAUGUUGGAAAAUAUUCCUGUGAUUCAAAUUAUAAUGGAGGAACAGAUACGGUAGACUACUAUUUAUGGGGUAUUGUUUAUAUAAACCAUACAUUUGGGAAAGAUGUUUCUCUCAACUGUACUCAGCAAAGGUCAGGGGAAAACAUAAAUGAAAUGCAACAGCAUAUCAAAUAUAAUGAAGAAUGCUUGGCUGUUGGGAUCAAUCAACCCCUCAACAGUACUUGUCGAAAAAAAGAAGGAAUUACUACAGAAAUUAAAGAUGAACAAAUAUAUAUUCACAUAAAUAAUUUUCAACUUAAUGAUACAGGAAAUUACACAUGUGAGUCAAGCUACAAUGAAGAAAAAUACAAAAUUGUUUUUAUUUUAACAGGCAAGUGUAAUAAUUGAACUGUACUUGUACUUUUAAAUCUUGUUAAAGGUUGUAUGUUGGCGUUUAUUGGAGUGAGCCGCAAACUGACAGUCCAAACAGAGCAUAUUGAUGCUUAAGUGAUAUUGAUGAUAGACUUCAAAGAAUGUAUUAAAUUAACAAAAUGAAGAAGAAAAAUU